AACUCCUGGUCCACCUUCCCCUCUCUCAGCCUAGGCCCCCGACAAGAACAUUCCGUAGUAUCCACCAACGAAGCCAUCUGGGUCCUAGGCGGCACCAUCCCCGGAGGCGAAACCGUCUCGACGAUUGAAUUUUUCAAUCUCGCAGAUCAAACCUGGCACUCGACUGCAACACCUUUCUUGCAACCCCUCAAUCAUCUCAAUGCCGCUGUCGUCGCAGACAAAAUUUACAUUCUCAGCGGUCUCGCUCCGAGAGAUUCUUCCUGGGACGCACAAGAUCUCAAUAUGGUAUAUUCCCCCACCGAAGAAGAUUCGUCGUGGACUCCACUCGCUGCUUCACCACCCGGGACCGCGCGAGGUGCGUGCGCGGUGGGUGUAUAUGGCACAAAAAUAUAUCUGGCGGGCGGAAUGACGUAUUUGAAUUCUGCGCAGGAUGUCGUGGAUACGGUGACGGUAUAUGAUACCGCAUCGGAUUCCUGGGAGAUGUUGCCGGCGCUGCCACAGCCGAGGCAACAUGUGGCGGGGGUGGUGAUUGGGUCGAAGUUUUAUGUGUUGGGUGGGAGGACGGAUGGGCAGUUGAAGAUUCAGAAUACGGUGUUUGUGCUCGAUGUGGAGAAUGUAGGGGAUGGGUGGAAGGAGAUGGCGAGUAUGCCUACGGCGAGAGGAGGUUUAGCUUGUGCGGGUGUGAAGGAGUUGAUUUAUUGUUUGGGAGGGGAAGGGAAUCAGCAGAAUGAGAGUGGAGUGUUUGGACAGGUGGAGGUGUUUGAUACGGCGGCGAAUGCGUGGACGAGUUUGGCAGAGAUGCCGGUUCCGAGACAUGGUUGGGGAGUGACGGCGGUGGGAGAUACGAUUUUUGUGCCUGGUGGAGGAGUGAAGGCGGGAACUGCUCCGACGGAUUAUUUUGAUGCGUUUACACCGUAG